ACAGGCCCUCUGUAAACUUUUCAUGGACGAAAGUAAGGGCGGGGUAUAGGGCGUGGGCCCCUAAUAAUAUCUCUGGGGGCGCCCAAAUUGCGUGAGCCUUUAGAAUCAUCCAAACAUUCCCUUCCCCAAGCAGCGCCCCUGACUGGGACUAUGCAAAUGUCAUUCACACUUGUGGUGGUCAUCCAAUUUCCACCCCUCCCAGUGUCCUCCAAUCACAAUGCUGGAUUUGAAAGGCACCAUCUUUGCAAAUCCAGCCUCUCAGACAAAGGAUAAAAACAUUCUUGCUUAGACAGAAAAGGUUGGCUGCUCUAAAAAAGCACAUUUCGUAAGUUACAGAGACAGGAUUAGAUUCCUAAACAUCUGCAAAGUGAAUUGGGGAAGUUUUAGACAGUAACUAUCCUAGUGAACUUCAGCUUUUUUUUUUUUUUUUUGCUAACUGCUUCGACUUUUUUCAGAUUGUCCGGAUUGCUCAAGACUUCAGAACUCUCACCUCAAAGGAUUCAGAUUUCUGUGUUUCAGAAAGGACCUUUGUGAUGAUGAAUAAGUUUGGAUAUUCAAGACUGUUGAAGAGUCUCACAAGGCUACAGGACGUCUAAACCUUCAAGGAUUUCUGAAUCUCCAGAAAGAUCCAUCUCUUUCCUUCCACUGCAUCAUUGAAGAGAAAGCGCCUUGUAAAGGAUCGGACUGAAUGAAGAUGAUGAUUGAAGCUCUUCUCCUCGUUGUAGCUGCUCUACAGGAUCACACAGCGGCUGCAGUACAAAACAUAUAUCCCCUGGAUAUGGCAGUGAAUUCAGUUGAUGAUCAGUAUGAUGGAUGUACGAUCAAAAUGGCGAAUCUGGUGAAGACCAAAUAUCUUGAGAAGGAACUCAAGAACUCAAACGCAUUUAACAAGGCUUGGGAGGAAGGUGAGGAGAAUUCGACAGCACCACAAGACAACCUGAAAAGGAAUCAUUCGAUUGCCAUUUACGUCUACACUAACCUCGAUUCUAGUGUAUAUAGCAGUUUCAAUAUGGCGUCGCGCAAUGGUAAACAAAACUACACAGACCAGACGUUCACAUGGUACUCACUUCACUUUUUGCUAACGGACGCGAUACAGAUAUUGAGCGAAUCACAAAAAAAAUGCAAGACAACUUUCCGUGGAACUAACGUGUCGUUUUAUCGAAAUGUUACAGGGAAAGUGAUUCGCUUCGGCUCUUUUACGUCCUCGUCUCUCGAUCGUAAAGUAGCGCAAGGUUUUGGAAAUAAAUCUUGCUUUAGGAUCAAAACUUGCAACGGCGCUAAUGUGGUCAAAUAUUCGAAGUAUCCUGACCAGAAAGAAGUGCUGAUUCCUCCGUAUGAGAAGUUUAAAGUCACUGCAAUCAAGACCAAAGAAGUAGACAAAAAUCUGUGGUGUGAAACUGUGUACGCUUUGAAAAGCGCCGGGACAAGAAGUGACCUGAACUGUACGCUGGCAUUCAAAAAGACCAUGUCAUUUAAAACCAUUCGAUUUUGUAGAUGCAUUAAUAGGAAGAUAAAAGCUAUUGCGCAAGCUGUCAACCGCGGUCAUUAUAAGAGUGUUCGGUUUGGGCGAAAACUGAGCGUAAUGCCGAAUAAAAUGCUGGAAGACCAACUGAGCAAACCCAAUCGUAGAGAUGAAGAAAUGUACCAAGAGUGCAUUAAUGUUUUUCACUUCCUCGUUGAAAACCAAAUGAACCCCACUAACAGAAACAUUUAUAUUCGACAGCAGAUUGCUCAGAAACAAGACUGCCGUCGCUUUUUAAACACUUUGGGAUUCGACCCACUAAUCCUGGAGUUACUAAAUCCCUGCUGUGCUGCUUGAGUUGGAACACUUCGUAAAGUUGAAUUCAUUCAUAUCUGUCCAGGGAUCAAUUCUUUUCAGAUUUAAUCUAUGGGUUUGCUUGCUUGACUCUGAUUGGCUGAUGACCAUUCUAAGGGCUCAUUGAUGUGAUGCGAUGUUAUGAACGUGAUGUAAUAACGACAAUAACAGACCUAUUGGAAAUAGGAACAGAAUAUGUUCUUAACAUCAUAUAACUCAGGAUCUUCUUCUUUGGCUCUCGGCAAAGGCGGUUACAUUUCUUUCCUCCUUCUCCUGUAUCUCCCCUGGCUGACUCCUCUUGUCUCGUCUUAUUCUAUCUCUGAGGCUCUCUUUGCCCUGCUCUCCAAACAAUAAGGAAUUGUGAAUUUGAUUAACUGGUCUCUGAACGGAAUUGACACCAUCUUCUCGAAAAGAAGUCUGGGUUCAGGGGAACCCACCUGUCCUGCGGGGACGUUUGCUACUGGAUACAUGAUUAACGGGUGGGAGAAGUAGUGCGUCGUGUGCCUGUCUGCUCUGUCCCUAGAGGAUAUUGAUGAUAUUGAUCUAUUCAGAACUUUGAUAACAGGGUUUCUGCUGAGUAGGCAUGGCCCUGGGGUAUUGAUGAAAGCGGUCAGUGUGGCUUAAAACCCCACCAAGCAAGCCAGCUAGAUUGAAGCGGUUGUGCUCAGACUGUGUUUAUGGACCGCAAAUUGAAAAACAUUGCAAAGAAACUAGAUGCUUUGCAACAAGAUUUUGGACAGACCUGGAUACUCGUGACAGACAAUAGAUUUCUGGGAAAUUGGCAGAUAUUGACCCAAAUUUGCAACUUUUUUCUUUUUUCCCUUUUGGCCUCCCUGCGACACUCCUGCCAAUUGGCCUUGGCUGGAGACAAACAACCUUCCCCCGGAGAACCUCCGCCCCCAAGACCAGAUGGCUGCCGCCUAGAUCAGACUAUCCCCUGUUCCCAUACCUUGUUGCAAUGUUUUGUCUAUGUGUUUAUGUGCUUGUUGCUGAGGCUUUUUUCCUCCUGAUCUCACACUGCCCUACUUCAAGGACAGUCUGAGAAGGGCUUUUUGUGUCUUCCCUUUCCCUAUUGUAUCUUAUUUCCUCUUUUUAAAGAUACCUUUCAUUGGCCUGUCUUCCCCUUGACGUUUGUGUAUGCUCGGAGGGGUCCAAUGUAAAAGUGAAUGUGACAAAUAAGGGCUUUUUAUCAUCAUCAUCAUCAUCAUCAUAUCUGGACAAAUCCACAAUGAGCAUGCCAUUAUAUAACAGAAGAUUAAACCAUUGUCGUGCCAACCUUCUACUAUAAACAGAGGCUUGUAACAGUGGCUCCACCUCUGAGCUGUUCUGAUUGGUCCACUGCUUUGGAAAUGACAGUGAUGAACAGCAAUCCUUCAACAUGAUGCGGUAUCUAGAUGCAAGACACAAGAGUGACAGUCAAACAUGUUGGUCAAGCAAGUUUUUACAUUGAAAAACAAUAGAAAAGUAUUAUAUUGGAAAAUAUUGGAGAGAAAAAAUGCAUUCUGUGUCAAUAGCCCUCCGAGGCGUGCAGUUAGUUUUAAAAAAACGCACAGAUAAAGUAGUUCCGGCAGGUUUUCAGCUUCAUAUCGCUACAUCGAAUGAUUUUAGAUAUUUCACACAAUAGAAAGUUUUGGAUGAGAUGUGCAUCUAGAAUCUAGUGCUACACACAGGAUCAGUUUAAGGACAGAAACCUAAGAAAAGGCUGAAAUACAGUGAACAGUAUGUUUAGCUGUGAUGACUGUAGUGUAAGCAGAAUAUCUGACUCCAGUCCAUUGAAUUGUUCUAAUACAGUGCACACCCUAGGUGUAUAACAGCCAAUUAUUCCUUACAUAAUUCAUGCACAAACUAAGGAUUUGCAUUGCAACUGUAAUCAAACAUUGUGUCAAGCAUUAUUUUUUGCAUCUUAAACGUUGUUAUAUUAACAGAUGUUGAACUGGUAUGUCGCAUGGAAGAUUAUCCAAUAAACUCAAUUAACACUUG